GCCUUAUUGGAGACCUUUCUCAGCUGUUUAAACCAACCGGUGGCGAUAGCUUCGAGUCGACUCAGUCGGAGGUUUAGGGUAGAGUUCCAACGGCGACUCAGUAGUCGUCUCUCGAUCCCUUUACCUCGUCUCAGCUCAAUUCGCUGCUUUUAUCACGGUGGUGAGAGAGAUGAAUCACGGCCAACAAUCUGGCGAGGCGAAGCAUGAAGAUGAUCCUGCUCUUACAGAGUUCCUUGGGUCUCUCAUGGAUUACACUCCUACUAUUCCUGAUGAUCUAGUGGAGCACUACUUGGCUAAGAGUGGGUUUCAGUGCCCUGACGUACGAUUAAUAAGGCUAGUUUCUGUGGCUACACAAAAGUUUGUUGCAGAUGUUGCCAGCGACGCCCUUCAGCACUGCAAGGCUAGACCAGCACCAGUUGUGAAAGAGAAAAAACAGCAAAAGGAUAAACGUUUAAUAUUGACAAUGGAAGACCUUUCCAAAGCUUUGCGUGAGUAUGGUGUGAACGUGAAGCAUCCAGAAUAUUUUGCUGAUAGCCCUUCCACCGGAAUUGAUCCUGCGACAAGGGAGGAAUAGAAACCAAACAGGAAGUCUCGACCAUAUUUUGCCUAGUAAGAAUGAUUAUGUGUGAGAGAUCCGUGAUUCGAUGUUGUGUUUCCGUGAAAACAAAACUCACUCUCUCUUCCUAUUCACAUGUAUAUUCUUUUUUGUUGUUUGUUUCUUGACUCGUCUCUCUCCUUGAUAAAUAAGAUUUCUGAGUUCUUGGUA